AUGUCCAGCGACUCAGGAAGCUCGAGCGCUUGGAAUACGCAGUCGGAAGACUCCGCACCGCCGUCACAGCUAUAUCUGGACCAGCAUCCUGCCUUACCAGCUGCAGAACUGCCAACCAUGGAGAGCAGCCCUCGGAUCAGUUCUCCCAUCACAACGCCUGCCCAACGUUACGAACAGCAACGACACAACGCAACACCCAGCCCACGCCCAAGAAACUCAUCCAGCAUCCGCCGCGAAAAGGAACGGAUCAAGGGCCGCAAGCAGGCAGAUGCCAAGGAACUCCGCCUCAAUCGUAAGAGACUCGACCGACAAGCUCUGGAGCAGCAGGAAGAGGGUAAAACCGCGCGGGGAGACAGUCUGGCGCUGCAAGAGAAAAUAAGAACCUCUGCCGACAGUGCAAAAAGCACCAAGUCUCAUCCGUCGGUACGCGGGUACAAGAGAAGUGAGAAGCCGAAGCCGGAGAAACGAUUACACGUGAAGCGUGGUAUUCGUGUGCCACGCCAGAGGUCGCCGCGGGUCGAGGAAGAAGAUGAACAGAAUGCGCCAGAACCAGACCCACCCGGGCUACAGGCCGUAUCGCGGCUCCCGGGGCCGAAGAGGAGCAUGUUUCGGAGGGUCAGAGACUUCUUCGGCUUGCCAUGA